AUGAAAAGCGUUGCCGAUUUGCACAUCAUACGCUUCGAUCGGGUCUUUGCAAAGAAUGGUCACGUUCUGCUGAGAUAUUCAGCCGAAGGUAGCUUUAGUGGCGAGCCUUACAUGGGCAUUCCCGCAAACGGAAACCAUGCAAAUUGGAGUGCUGCAGCGAUCUUUGAAGUUGAGGAUGGAAAGAUCAAGCACUUUACAAAAGACUGGGAUCAGAAAGUCAUGCAAAUUCAACUAGGGUGGGCGCCAGUCAAGGACAGUGAGAAUCCUCGCUGGAACAAGGACGCAUUAGCAAAUCCAGAGACGUCAAGAAAGAAGGUAUGA